AUGAGGAGAUCUCCGAAAUAUCUCGGAAUUUAAUUUAACGAUUUUUUCGGCUCGUUGGUGUUAAUGCUCGGAAUAAUAGACUCCCACGUACGUGUAAACGAACGCGAUAGAAUUGAAUAGGAAGGAUUUCACACUGCUACAUGGAUCGUGGAUAUAUGCCUUUGUAACGAUCUUUAUUCUUCCCCUUCCGUCGUUUCAUUGCCUUAUAGACAAUCUCAAGUUAAGGCGAAGGAAGCGAAAAUAUUUGUAGAGGUUGCCUUCUGGGGUGUAACACCAGGAAAUCAGCAAUGCCACAUAGUGUAUUUGUCAAGUGCGGAGUGUUUGGCAUUAAUAAACGAUGCUAAGUCGCGCGGUGCACCUUUAAUCGUGGAAACGUGCCAUCAUUAUUUAGUACUCGUCGCAGAGAAGAUACCGGAAGGUUUUACUGAAUUUAAAUGUUGUUCGAUCAGAAAAAAUAAUAAUCGAUAUUUGAAAAUGUUCUCCGAAACAAAGAUUAUUGCGCUGAUAUGGACAGCCGCGAGAACGAGAGACAUAUCAUUUACCGAUAUCUCAAAAUUAUUGAGCAGCCAAUCUACGAAAUUAUGCGGUCUCGAAGAUUGCAAAGGUAAAUCUGAGAGAAGAAAUGGACGCAAUUUCGUUAUCUGGAACCCGGAGGAAAUUAUCAAGCUAACACCGUAUCAAGGGAAUAUUUUACUUGAAAAAGUAAUCAUAUCUCUCUAUCCUUAGAGAACAAUUUAUUUUCCAAGAAGGAAAAAUUCUCGAUAAAU